AUGUCGCAAUCCGCGCCGAUCAAGACUGAGGGAGACAAUGAGGACGAGGUCAAUUACAAUACCGGCACAGUCGGCUACCACAUGCCCGCAUCCAACAGCUACCAUCAUGAGACCAGCCACAAUGGCUUCGAUGAGCACGGCAAUGCUCGCGAGGACAAUGCGGAUGAGCAAUACGAUGAUGCUGCUUACCAUCAGCAGGGUCUGUACUCAGCGCACCAGACUGGCGCGUACGGUCACUCGGGAGGUGCCGACCCCGAAGGUGACGCAGAUGGAGGCCAAGGCUAUGGAGGCGAUAGUCAGCAAGGUCAGGGAUAUGGAGCUGAGGGUCAUGGAGGUGAAGGGUCCGGAGGAGCGGAAUACGAGGGUGGGAAUUAUGGAGGUGAAGGUCAUGGAGUUGAGGGCUAUGGAGGGGAGGAAAAUGAAGAUCAAGUCGCCGUCGGCCAAGGUGAUGGAGAUCACGGUGAUGAGAGCCAUCGCCACGGUGCCCAAGCUUAUGAACAUCACCGGUACGAAGAGACCGGCAGAGUCGAAGACCAGGACUUGGGAACUGAGCAGUAUGGCGACUUCAGCUACAACGGCGAGUUGGAUGUUCGCGGCAUGGAGGUAGAGGCCGGCGAUCCGGGUGAGGGUAAUUCGCUCGAAGGUGCGCCUUACCCGGCCGAAGCUCAAGAUGACGAGACAGCUCAGACGGAUUACGGAGGCAUUGCUAGCAUGUAUGGCGACGAUGCGGUCGAUGAUGAGAUGGGCGGUGAUGAGAUGGGCGAUGAUGAGAUGGGCGAUGAUGAGAUGGGCGGUGAUGAGAUGGGCGAUGAUGAGAUGGGCGAUGAUGAGAUGGGCGGUGAUGAGAUGGACGAGGACGAUGAGCCCGUGGACCAGAGAGUCAGCGACAAGCUCGCAAAGGAGACGAGCGAGGCACUAGGCUGCAUUAACGCCGUAGCAACGACGUUCCCCGAAGUCAUCCCACUUGUGCAGGAUUCUUGCAGGGAGUACGAUGAGUUUCUGACUGCGGUAUGCAGCUACGUGCAACAUAUACUGGAGCCCGGCCAUCAUAUUCUGUCCAUGGAGGAAGCGGACAUCAUCGUGGGACAGUGGAGACCCGUCAUCCACGAGCUUGUGCCAGGGCUUUCGAAGGCACGCAUCAAGCACAACAUCAAGCAGAUGGUCGUCCGUGCCCUCAUCGACACCGCCAAGCCUGUGGUAGCCCCUCGCCUCAAACUGGUGAGCACACUCCGCACCGCGCGUCUGGCUCACGCGGAGCUCGUGGAGAUACCCAUUUUGGGCGACGAAGCUGUCCAGCAACUGUUCCGCACACAACGCCCUGCUGUAUGCCAGAGCACGUGUGAGGACCACAAGACCAAGGUGGGGAAGCUUGAGGUUACUCUCAACCAAAUCAUCGCAAACCUCCGCACCCUGGGACUUGAGAUGGCAAAGCAGAAGCUGGAGCAGCUCAGCAAAAUCAACAUCGCAGGUGCCAACGUCCCUGGCUUCACCACGCUUUCCGACACAGAUCGUGCUCAAGAUCUGAAGAGACUGUGGGAGACGAUCCACGACAAGUCCAGGCUCGAGAUGCUAAGCUCGAGUAGGUACAACAUCGACAUGGAGCAAUUGCAGUACAAGAUGACAUACGACAUCCGCACCCUGAUCACAAGGUUGGCAGACCACACGAUCAGCAACUGUGACGCCGCACUCAACAUCCUGGCGUAUGGCGAAGACGCGGGUCUGAAUUUGCCAGCGGAUCUCGAGGAAGCAAUCCGUGUUCAGUCUGGCUGUCGGGGAGGAAUGCGUGAGCACGAAGUCUGA